UAUAUAUUCUCCUAAAUAAUAAGCUGCCUCUAAUCCAUCAAUGGCUUCCCUAAUUAUCUACUACUCUACUACUAAUUAUACUUAUCGUUUGCUUUUUUGCUGUGCUUUGCUUUAUUCAUUCUUGUUGCAUGAUUCAGUAGUACUGACUACUGCUUCUUCUUCUUAUCCUCCUUCUCCUUCUCCCGCAGCUGCCCCCAACUCCUCGGAGCACCGCCGCGGCCACCACGGCUGGGUCGGGCCGGUCGGCCGCCGGGUCAUCACGGUGGACAUCGCCGGGUCGGGCCAGUUCCGGUGCGUCCAGGCAGCCAUCGACUCCGUCCCGGAGAACAACAACGAGAACGUCAUCAUCCUCCUCUCCCCCGGAGUCUACAUAGAGAAGGUGGUGGUGCCGGCGACGAAGCCGUACAUAACGCUGGAAGGAGCGGCGGGAAGAGGGGCGACGGUGAUCGAGUGGCACGACCGAGCCAGCGACCCGGCACCCAACGGCGAGCAGCUCAGGACUUACCGCACCGCCUCGGUUACCGUGCUGGCCAACUACUUCACCGCGCGCAACAUCAGCUUCAAGAACACGGCGCCGGCGGCGCCUCGGCCGGGGCUGCAAGGGUGGCAGGCGGUGGCGAUUCGGGUGUCGGGGGACAAGGCGUACUUCGUGGGGUGCGGGUUCUACGGGGCGCAGGACACGCUGUGCGACGACGCCGGCAGGCAUUACUUCAACGACUGCUACAUCGAGGGAUCCAUCGACUUCAUCUUCGGCAACGGAAGGUCCAUGUACAAAGACUGCGAGCUGCACUCGAUAGCCACAAGAUUCGGGUCCAUCGCGGCCCAAGAUAGAAGACACCCUGACGAGAAGUCGGGCUUUGCAUUCUUCAACUGCAGAGUGACUGGGACAGGCCCGCUCUACGUGGGCCGAGCCAUGGGCCAGUACUCCAGGAUCGUCUACUCCUAUACCUACUUCGAUGACGUGGUUGCACACGGUGGCUGGGAUGACUGGGACCACGUCAGCAACAAAAACAAGACGGCGUACUUUGGAGUGUACAAAUGUUGGGGGCCUGGAGCUGAGAAAGUGAGAGGUGUAUCAUGGGCAAGAGAGCUAGAUUAUGAUUCUGCACACAAGUUUCUAGCCAAGAGCUUUGUUAAUGGCAGGCACUGGCUUCCAGCUGAUGCUUUACUUGCUUAG